AUGCCUACAGCUUCAAAGAAAGUGACGACAAAGACUACCACGAAGGCCAACGGCGCUGCAACCAAGUCUCAUGCUGCUGCCCAUCCCACAUGGGUGGAUAUGAUCAAGGAAUGUAUCAUUGCUCAUCCUGAGGAUGCUCGUGCUGGGGUUUCACGCCCGAUGAUCAAGAAGUUUGUUGAAUCCAAAUACCACAUUGAUCUGACUGGUACUGCUGCCAGUCAACUCAAUCGUGCCAUUACGUCAGGCAACGAGAAGGGCAUAUUUCAACUUCCUAAAGGUCCGUCCGGGAAGGUCAAGCUCUCUCCUGUAGCUCGCCCCGAUGCUGCCAAAGAGAACGCCAAGCCGCCGGCUAAGAAAUCCACUGCUGCAAAGCCGGCCGCCACCAAAGCUAAACCCGCCGCUCCAACUACAAAAAAGUCUACACUCACCAAACCAAAGGUUGCAGCUGCAAAGGCAUCUGUCGCGACUAAGAAGUACACAGCUGUUGCCAAGAAGGCGCCGAUCAAGAAGGCAACCUCCACCACGAAGAAGACAGCCCUUGCAAAGAAGGCCACGACGACAAAGAAGGUGGUGACCAAACCGGGGGCGGCGAAGAAGGCUAUUACUGGCGAAACCAAGAAACCAGAGGCCAAAGCAAAGCUGGGUGUCAAGGCUAAAUCAGGUCCCAAAGCUAAACCAACAUCCAAGGCCAAACCUGCCUCGAAGACUAAGCCUGCAUCGAAAUCCAAAGCUGCUAAAGCUGCUUCCAAGACCAAGCCGUCUUCGAAGACAGUUGCUGCUUAG